AUGAAGCUUACGGUUUCAUGCGCAGUGCACCGCCCCAGAAGGUCUGCGCAUCAGAAGCAACAAGCCAGACUUGCUCAAGCUGGCUGGAGCCAAGUCUACAGUAAAGUGCCAGCCGCACCGCACGGCGUGCGCUUCAUCCGAGUGCCGGGGGGCUGGCGACCACGUGUUCGGCAGGUACCUGUGCUUGACGAAAUUCGCCCAACAAAGUCAAACGGGCAGGACAGCCUGGCACUUCCGCAAGAACUCAAUCGAGAAGGCGAGCCGUCGCCAAGCUGGGAGGUGAUCUCGGGUAUGCAUCGUGACGUUUCACAAUCCUCAAUGAUGAGCGCCAGCUCAAAAGUCGCGACUUUAGGGCCAAGCGCAUUGGCCCUUACACGUCCUGACGGCCUUCCACGAGACAGGCGGCCUUACAGGCGCGAUCCGCAUCUGUCGCCUGCAAUCCGUCAGUGGCCAGCAAGGUUUCUAAAGGAGAAUUGGCAGCGCCUGGACAAAUCUCAAGUCAGCGGCGAUCCGUUGGACAAUGCUCUAGAGGAGCUGAAGACCUUGAUUGGGAGGAGCUCAUCUCGAGGAAGCAGCAAGGCAUCGAGUGGCAGGUCUCGGCGAAGCAGCCGCAGCCCGGCCCCGCCUGCCGUCUCUGCACGUGCCAGCAUUCUGGGACGACGGGGCAGCCAAAUAGGCCUCACCAGUCGGCGUGGCUCAAUCGGUGAUCUCGGAAUACUGCGGCGGGCUUCUGCGGCUUCGCUGGGCGUCUCCUCGACCCACUCGGCGAGUGAUUCAUCAGGCGAGGAUCAUUUCGUAGCUGCCCGGGCAGCAGCGGAGGAAGCACAGGCCGAGGCCGAGGAAGCAGGACUACCUUCGGACUUGUGCCGUCAGAGAAGACAGGAGGUGUACGCUGAGGCAAUCCUCAAACUGUCAGAUGUGCACGAGCUCCAGAAUGAAAGGCUAAGAGCAGGCCGCGGCCUAGAAGAAUUUGAAGAGGUCGAUGCAGAGGUUGAGAAGCUGAUCAAGGAAGACAUUGCAGAGCUGGCUCAGCUCUUUGCGGAGUUUGAUGGCAGUCUUGACGGCACUCUGCAGCAGCACGAUUUCCGGUCCGUGCUGAGACUGCUGGGCCGUGCGAUGACAGAAGAUGAAGUCCGGAAUUUGAUAAGUUGCCUGGAGUCCGUGGAUGAAACGGCCGAGAAUGGCAGGGACAUCGAUUUUCGGGAGUUUGUGGAGCUUUGCGACAUGAGGCUACACUCCGAGAAGCUAUAUCUUCGUGGUUUCUACCGCGAACGAUUUCGCGGUGCGAGUAGCACCAGCAUCCAGCCGCACCUGAGAGAUGUGGCCGAUGCAAUGGAGGGCGUGAAAGUGCAUGUGCGUCCGGAGCAGCUGGAGAGGACGGCGCACGAACUGGGCUACCCAGUGUGGGCGGGAUAUGUCACAUUGGAGAACGAGACCCAGCUGUUCAUCCUUGCGCAAAAAUGCCGUGAACUUGAGAGGCAGAGAGCUUGGGAGAGAGCAGGCUUCUCGCUGGAGCAGGUGUCUCGAUUCCAGCAGCUUUUUGAUUCCAUCUCUGGCAAGCACGGUGGUCGAGGCAUUCGUUUUGAACAUCUCGUGUACAUCAUUGUUCAGAUGGGCAUCGUUACAAAAGGUCGAGCGGACGAGGCUGACCUGGAGGCAACAGCCUUCAAUGGCCGAGACCGCUCCGAACUGCUCUCCUUCUUGGACUGCCUGCACUGUGCAAGACGGUUCCUGGACAAGAAGGAAAUGGAUGCCCGGUCGAAGGAGUUACGAGCUGCUGACAUCGCAGGUAUCCCACAGGAAGAGCUUGAAAUCUUCAGAGCUUUCUACAAGCAACUGAUUGCAGAGGACAACCAAGGCAACAAGAAGGACUUCUCCUACUUCGCUCUGUGCCGUGGGGUGCAGAUUAUGGGUGCCACGCUGACUGUGGAGCGGAAUGCUGAGCUCGAGCAGAUGUUCAAAGAGCAUGCAAUGUCCUCCAGCACUUCCUCGAAGCAGCUGCAUCUCCCCUUUCCGAAGUUCAUCGUCAUGAUGGGGACACUCUUCAAGUUGGACUUUGCUGGUCUGAGGACGACAGCGGCUCGUGCGCACAACCACGAGGAGUCUGCCCUGAUGCGGCGCAUGUCAAACUUGAAAGCUGUCCACAAAGGUACGCUUGGCUUACGUGGGCGGAAGUCGGCAAUCCUUGCUUGCUUCGAGGUCUCAGCCUACAAGCUUCCGCUGGCAAGGGGGCGUCCUCCAGGCAGCAGUCACGGAUCUCGACCACUAGGUCUGGCUGGUCAUCAAGGUGACAUCGUGUCCCUGUGCCCUUCGUACACAGAGUCGCACUCAACUGGUGGAGGUGGAGGGCCGUUGCUGCUAACCUGUGGCGACGAUCGGACCGCGCGCCUGUGGGCGCUAGCAGGGCCUCAUGCCGGCGCAGAGCUCAUUCGCUUCGAUCGCUUGCGUGGCAACGGCGGCAGCUGUUCACGCUCUCAGGCAUCUUGGGGCUCGGAGGACAAUCCCCUGCUCGACCAGGUCCAGGACUCACACUUCCUGUGCUUGGAUGGGGCCAUUGCACUGGCAACCGGAGCGCGGUUGGCAGUGUAUCGCUUCCAGCUACAUGUCCAGGAUAUAUCUGACGACAUCAAGCGAUUGCAAAGGCUCGGCUCCUAUCGCUGCUGCGGCUUGCUGACCUUGCCUCGCGAACCUUCCGCGGGGCAAGGAAUAGUUGCCCUUGCAGCAAACAAUGCUGUCCUUUCCGGCACCGUGUUGGUGGCAUCUUCCAGCAAGCGCGUCUACGUUUGGGACGUGGCUGCUGAGAAGGUUCUGGCAACGGUUCCAGAUCCAAUCCACGCAAAGGCCGUGACAUGUUUGCGCAUGGCACAGCCUUACGCUGGUCAAAGUGCAUCGUCGAUGGACAUGUUCUACACUGCCGGAAUGGACGGCUGCAUCAAACUGUGGGAUCUUCGCACAAUGCAGGAGUGCCGCUGUUUCCGAAGCGGUCAUGUCCAUUCGGCGCAGCGACUGCGAUGCAGGUUGAGCCCCUGCUUGCGAUACAUGGCCACACCUUCGGAAGAAGGCUCAGUUUGUGUGUACGAUGUACGCACGGGCAAUGUGCUCGGUUCGAAGCACUGCCACAAGGAUGCAGCGGUUGCUGUGGAUCUCCAUCCACGCACCGGGGCCAUGGCCAGUGGCGGCUUCGAUGGCCAGGUACAGUUCUUUCGCUCGCAGCAGGGAUCAGGCGCAAGUCUCGCAACUUCCACUGCAUCUCUCCGUGCCAGCUUGUGA